AGGAAACUUUGCCGGUGCAUAGGUCUAUCCCAAGACUCCGAAAACAAUUAAGAACAAAGUCUGAAAAACGUUAAAAAAAUUCCAGCAUGGGUUCCGGUGGAAGUAGAAAGGCUACACCAACCGUUUUAAAGGGAUACAGACGAGAGAUAAGCAAUGUAUCGUUGAUGAAAGUAAAACAGAAUAAGGUUGGAAGAAUCGAUGAAGGUGAAGUAGAGACACCAUCUAAUGCAACGUCAACCAACGCAAAAGUAACGGUGUCUUCUACCAGCAAGAAGCAAAAUGAUCUCUCAACUAGUUUAGAGGAGAAAACUGAAACUGUAGAUAUGGAAGCUUUAAAACCCGUAGUGGAGAUGAAUGAGGAAACAAAGGCGAAAGGGGAAACACAGGUGGAAGGGGAUAAAAAGACGGAAGGGGAUACACAGACGGUACACGAUUCAGAUUUCAUUAAAACAAUUUAUUGUGCUACCUCGUCAGAGCGCCCAUUACGCAAUUUUGGAAAACUUGAUUACGAUGUAAAUGCAUAUCAUGGAGGACGUACUGCACUGUACCUUGUCUCGACAACGUCUAAUUAUAACAAUACACAAUUGUCUUUGGUACGAUCCGGAUAUGAUGGUAAUCACGUACAAAUUGAGCUCCUUUCAAAAAUUGCCACAUCAGUAUCAACUGAAGAUCAAACUUGGCACUAUCAGGUAGACGAAGUAGGAAUGCUUAUUGCUCAUUGUUACUAUAACAGUAAUCACAUCAUGCUUUUAACAAACGACAGUAACUAUGGCAAUCUAAGGAAUGGGGUGUUUGUAGAAAUGCAGGAUAGUAAGUCAACAGUAGAGUUUCCUUUGAAUGUCAAUGGAGCGAGAGAUGAACAUGGAAGUGGAAUUACAUUGAUACUUUGUAGUGGCGGAAAAGGAGACGAUUCUAUAAAUGCGUUGUAUUUGAUUCUCUCUGAGACAGAAGGGAACAAAUUCAGCGCUAAAGCCAUUUCUGGGGAGGAUAAAUACGAGUUUUCUGUUAAUGAAGAUGACUGUCUUUGUGUAAGUGGACCAGCCGGAAGUCGAUUUGGUUUAUGGCAUAAUAGAGAUAAUUUAACAGGUACACCAACGGUAACGUCCCAUCCUUUUGUCAGUCAGACGCAGUGCUUAGAUGGAAACGAAGCCAUUUUACUAAUGGAAAACGUCACAGAACAUGCUGCUAUAGUAAUCCUAUGCUCAAACAGUAACGGUAUGGAAGAUUCUACGGUUUCCAGUGUUUAUCAUUUAGUGAUAAAAGAUGGAAGUCUUGUUGCGUCAAAUGCAAUAUCUGGUUGUCAUGGUACCAAUUACAAAAAAUCGGACUUAUGGACUUUCGAAGUUAUUGGUGGUCGUUUGCUUGCUUCUGGACCUACUGGACCUUGUAGAUAUGGGGUUUUAUCCAAUAUAAUAGCAUCAAAUGAAGAAUUAAAGAAAUCAUGCAAACAAGAUUUCUGUCUAGCAACAGGCGAUUCGACGAAAACAAAGGGGGAUAUAGAUGUGACAGUAGAGGAAAUAAAAGGGCAUGUCAACAAACCUUCAGAGAUUUGUAUAAUGUUAGACCAUAAAAUAAUUCAACUUAUUCCCAUUAAUGAACUUUCACAGCAAAAUGGAUCUUAUUCAUUUAAGUAUAUAUGGAAAGAAGAUGAGAGAGAUGUAGGGCAUUAUCUGGUACGAGUAUUUGCUACCAGGAAACAUGUCAGAAGUGGCGAGGAUGUGUACAUAGAACUUACAAAUUCUCCCUAUUCAUUGAUUAGACAGAAACCAGGAGUUAUGUAUGCCUUGAACGUCGCAAGCCCAGUUUACCAAGACAUGAAUGGCAUUGUAUAUUCAAGUGAAUUUUCAUUGUUUGCCAAUUACGACUCGACUUUUGAAAUGGGUACCCAAUGCAAAGCUGCAGGAUUGCCUAAGAAUAGAGCAAAUCUUCCUGCUUCUAUAUUAAAGACAGAUGACGGCUUUCUAUACUCUCGAGCAAGAAGAGCUGAACAAUAUAAUGAGUUUGACCACAGGUUUACUUACAAGGUAGAUGACUUACCAAAUGGGACAUUCAAACUUAGAUUGCACCUGACACAGCCAACGUUCCAUUUAGAAGUAAAUGGGAAAGAUGUUAAUGAUGAAGUCAACCAGAAAAUUAACGAUAGUAUGGAAGCAGCAGGGAACUUGAAAACCCUUACAGCUUAUCAUGUCGACAUUAACGUGGAGAUAACAGAGAACUGUCUACUGAUACAGAGUCGAAGCGGAUCAGAUGUCUAUAAGAAUUCCGACUACAUGUAUGCCUUUGCAUUACUUGACAAUUCAUAUAAAGACAAAACAAUUUCUGAGAGUCAGCUUAAAGAAGAAGAGCAAGAAAAACACAAAUUAGCAGAUAAAGCACUUCCAAUGAAUAUUGCUGUCACCAGAAAAGAGAUGACAGUUGUUGGGUGGUCUCCAAAUCUUCUCAAGAAUGCAAGCGGUGAGAACAAAGAUAUGAAACACUGGAACGUAUCAGGAGACAUCAGAGUAUGUGAUGCAUCUGGAUAUGGGACUGAGGCUUGCUUUAGAACGUCGUUUAUGUGGUCUGAAAAAUAUCAAGAAGUAAAUCUACUUGACCAUUUAACAGCAGAAUACUUAGAUUCGGCUCCUGAUAUACAGGUGUCUGAGUGGUAUAAACAAGGGCAUUGUUCAGGAGGAUUCUACUGCUUUACAGCCCAGCUCAUGUCAGACGAUGGUCAGGUAAUAAAAGAGUUUACAACAGGAGAAUUAGGUUCGUUAACUAAUAGCGAUUGGACAGAAGCUUCUGUGACUUUCUCUGGUUAUGGACCUGGAGUGAGGAUUGUCACGUUUUCAUCUAAAGGUAAAGACGACAAAUACUGGCAAGGGUAUUUUGGUCCAUAUAUAUCAGCUGCUGGAAUUCGUGUGAAGAAGGAAAGCAAACCAGCCAAGAAUGACAGCUUUUCAGAUAUUGAUCAGACUGACGUUACAAACAAAAGAUCUAGUUUAGAAAAAAUGGUGACGAAUAUUCUGACAAGCAAUCAGAGUAUGUUCGAAGAUCUAGUUGAAGACGAAAAUUUGCCAGUUGACCAGGAGUUCGAAAAGCAAACAGAUAUGUCUAAUGAAUUGCAUGGCUGGAAGGGAGGCAAAAAACAAACUCACAAAAAGAGGGAAAUCAGAGUGUUCGUGUCAAGCACAUUUCGAGAUUUCACAAUGGAGAGGGAAGCAAUUAUCAAAAAGGCUUUCAGAGAGAUAAAUCGUCUUUGUGUAGACAGAGGUGUAUUCUUUACUUAUGUCGACUUAAGAUGGGGAAUAACAACAGAACAAACAAAUGAUGGGAAAACAAUUGCUAUAUGUUUACAAGAGAUAGACCGAUGCCGGCCAUAUUUUAUCUGCUUGAUGGGGGAUAGAUUUGGGUGGAGUCAAACAGAAGAAAACAAAGAUGAAACUCUUAAUAUGACUUAUGACUAUGCAAUAGAGAAUAAUCCAAAUCUGAAGUGGAUUGAUGAUUACAGAUACAACACAAGUGUUACACAGCUUGAAAUUUUCCAUGGUGUCCUCAAUAAUCCAGAUGAAGUAAAAGACAAAUGUUUCUUUUAUCUCCGUAAUCUUCCAUCACAAGAUGAGGUGCCACCAGAACUAUAUAAGCGUCUAGUUAGUGAAUCUGAAUGGCAUAAACAACAACAGGAAUAUCUGAAGUCAUUGAUACAAAAGAAUCCAAAGAUCAGUGUAAAGAAAUUUAAUAAAGCUGAUGAAGUGUCUGAACUGAUCAAGCAGGAUUUAAAAGGCUGUGUUGAUCAAGAAUUUCCAAUUGGAAGUGAAUUAACAAAACUAGAACAACAAGGUGAAGCACAUGCAGCUUUUGCAUCACAGAGAUGUCGAGUUUACAUUGGAAACCAGAAUUAUUUUACAGAAAUCAACAAACACAGAAGUCAGAAUAUAUCACAACCAUUCAUUAUACUUGGAGAAUCAGGUUGUGGUAAGUCAGCGUUGGUUGCAAACUGGGCGAAACAGGUUGAGGAUGCUGAAAAAGACACAUUUAUUUUUCUUCACUUUAUUGGAAGUUCAGCUGAUAGUGCUCACUAUAUAAAAAUGAUCAGAAGAUUAUUUGAAGAGAUGAAAGUAUUCUUUAGUUUUGACAUGCAGAUUCCUUCAUCAGAUACAGUACUAGUACAUGAAAUUGGGAAGUGGCUACGAAUGGCAGGAUCUCUAACAAAAUGUGUCAUAGUUUUUGAUGCUGUAAAUCAAUUGGAUGAUGGUUCGGGAGUAGGCGAAAGUACUGAACAUGAUUUGUUGUGGAUACCAUCAGAAAUUCCUCCCAAUGUUUUUCUAUUAAUAUCUACGCUUCCUGGUAGAGCAAUGAACGCCUGUAUUGAAGCUGGAUUUCCAAGUAUGAGAGUAAGCCCUCUUCAAGAAUCACAGAAAAUGCAGAUUAUAACGGAUUAUUUGGAAGGAAUUUACGGAAAAACAUUGACUAAGGAACAAAAAGAAAUGAUCAUCAAUGUAAAGCAGACAUCCAAUCCACUUUACCUGAAAUCUCUUCUGGACGAGGUCCGUAUGUUUGGAUCAUUUAGAACAUUGACAAACAAAAUCUCCGAGUAUUUAUCUGCUGAAAGUCCACAAGAUCUUUUUGCCAAAAUCCUUGAAAGAUUGGAAGAGGAAUUCGAGAAAGGACAAACUCCAAGAAAAGAUCUGGUACGUGAUGCUACCACUGCCUUGUGGUGCUCCAACAGAGGAAUGUCCGAGUCAGAGCUGGUUGAAUUGUUAGAUAUACCGAGUGCUAUUUGGUCUCCAUUCUAUAUAUCGCUGUAUGAAAACUUGGUGAAUAGGAAUGGUAUCUUGAAUUUCUUCCACGAUCAUCUACGACAGGCUGUAGAAAGGAAGUAUAUUCCUACACACGAAGCUAAAGUCAAAGGUUAUCUGUGUCUCGCUGAUUUCCAUGCAGCUAAAGAAACCAGCGACAGAACUGUAGAAGAACUGCCUUUCUUGCUGACCAAAGCUGGACAAUUGGAUAGACUUAAAGAAACAAUUACAGAUCUGGAAGUCUUCUAUAGAUUGUCGGACAAUGAGGAUGGAAUUUUUGAGUUGAUCAAAGCUUGGAAAACGCUUGGUGGAUUCGAUUUGUCAGAGGAGGCAUACAUGUCAAAGGUGCAAAAGAUACCUAAAGAGGAUAUAAUGCAAAAUUCUACAUACUUCUGCAAACUGUACAGUCGAUUAGGAAAUUUCUUUUUGAUCAUUGGAAUUAUGGAAGCAGCAAAGAAGAUUUUUAAAACUCUGAUAAAACAGUUGGAGCUAAACUAUGGUGAAUCUCAUGGGACUGUGGUAUACAAUGUACAUGAUCAUACAUGGAAAUAUCGAUGUAAACACCCGGAUGUUAUUAAGGGAUUACAUGAACUAGGUACUGUGUACAGCAAACUUGGCGAGUAUGACAAAGCGGUAAGGGUGUACAUUGAUGCUAUAAAUCGCCAGAACAGGGUUACAACACCAACACAAAAACUACAGUUGUGUGAGGGGUUGCUUGGUUUAUCGACAGUAUACAUCCAGAAAGAAGACAUGUUAGAAGCUAAGAAACUAAUGUUGAGAGCAUUAGAAUUAGCGACAUUUGUACUCGGAAAGAAACAUAAUUUUGUAGCGGCCAUUUUUACUAGGCUUGGUCAACUUUCCUACAAACAAGGCCGCGUAGAUGAAGCCUUGGCCUAUUGUCUACAUGAUCUGAAGGUUACGAGAAGUGAGGUCGGUACCAAUCACCCACGCACUGCCAUUGUCCUUAAUGAAAUUGGACUUAUUUACGACGACAAGAAUGACGUCAUGGCACCACAGCUUUAUGAAGCCGCUUUAUCAAUUUUCCUUGAAACGUACGGCAAGAAUUUCCUCGGAACUGGAACAAUACGGUACAAUUUAGGAGCGUUAUAUUUUGGGACAAACCACUUUGCUAAAUCCAAAUACCAGUUUACCGAGUCCUACAGGGUAUAUGUGUUAUUUCUCGGAGAGGAUCACCCCGAGUCAAAAGCCGUAAAGCAGGCGCUGGACGCUGUUUCUGGUAUGGCACCAGACGAAUAGAGUAAACCUAAAUACGUGAUUUUGUAGAUUAUAACACUCUGCAUUAUUUAUUAGCGAUAUCUGUACAUAUAUUCUACGAACAAAAAACAAUUCUUAUUCAUGAACAAUCGAGUACAUUAUUCUUUAAAUAGGCCAAAAAAUAAUCUAAAAAUAAAUAGUUAAUGAAACUAACUUUUGGCAGUCAACAGUAUUCAUUAAACAGACAGCAGCAAUCACAAAUUUCAAGGAAUAUUUUAUUCAAUGCGUAUUAUACCUGUAUAGACUUUCAUUUAAUUUAAAAGACAAGUAACAUAGGAGUUUAUAUUUGUUUUAUCUUUCAUCCUUGUUCUAGUGUAAAACACUAAUACUAUACUACUGCCUCAUAGAGGCGGGGUAUAUAGUGAUGCACAUUUCGUCUGUCCGUUCCAUCAUUGUCCUUAUACAUGAUCAUAAUACCACUUUUACAAUCUUAAGAACUGUGCACUUAUUUCUUUUGUUUAUUUCAUUAUUUUAACUAAAAUCUGUUUCAAAUUUUAACAUUUUGAGAUUGGCUGUAAACUAAAGUUUGACACCAACUGAUCAAGAGUUAUGCAGUGAGUUAGGUUUUAGCGAGACAAUUUUUUUUAAAGUUUCUUUAUAAUCCGAGCCCGGAUAGAUGUUUGCACUUCAAGACAUUGAUCACCGAAAAUAAGUUUUACGGGUUAUUUUUCAAGGAACUGAUCUUUCAAAUAUUUGUUAAAAGAAACACUUUGUUGUGUUUCGUUGGUUAUUGGAAAGUCUAAUAUUUUCAAAUUUUGAAAUGCACAAUUGUAAUUAUCAUUGUAUUUAUCACUUUUAACCGAAGCUACACAACAAAGCCACCGUGUAUCAUCGUACAGCGGAUAUAGGUACUAACCAAGCGGGCAUGAUCGAUUUUGUACUGACACGGUAACGAAAAUCUUUGUUUUGUUUAAUCAACACUCAGUGUACAUUUCUCAACAUCUGAAAUUCAUGCUCCAAAAAAAUUUUCGCAUCGAUUUUUCCUAUUUAUAAGACACAUCUUAUAUUCUAAUAAGAACAAUCGACUUUUAAAUGUGCAAAUAAUUGUGAAUGUCAACACCAACUUUCCAUGUCGAUACAAUUGUCGAGACAUUUACAUGUUUUACCUAAAAAAAAGCUAAUACAGCGCUAAAGUAAACGUUACCAAUUAUAAACCUACCUGUGAUUACUCAUUCUUUGAAACUUUUUUGGGUAAUAAACGAAUAUGAAAAUUUAGUUUUUGUGUACGGUGUACUGCAACUUAACUAUGCACGUACAGAAAGAUUUAUGUGGUCAGCUAAACACCGUACGCAACGCUUCUUUUCGGAAUAAAAUAUCGAACAAUAUAUAUGCAUAAAAGAUUUCAAUGUCAAUUAUUGGUACAACUAUACUUAUUACACACGCAUAGUGGUCUUCUAUCAGAAAGAGUGGCAAUGAAUAUAGAAUUAUACCGGAUGAAUCGAGUGCCAACUUCUGUGACAAGUAUUUGGACAUGUUUUUAGUAAUUGUUCUUGUUUUGGAAAAAUAAUGAGACAUCUCUAAUCAUCAAUCUACGACCACAUCAUUUCUUGAAACAAAAGUUAUGUUUAGAUUGAGGUACACAUUGAUCUUAUGUGAACAAAACAAAGAUUUUCGUUACCGUGUGAAGUUAAAAUUGAUUUUCCGCUGUACUGAUGCUACAUGUACAUAAUAUGCAAAAUAAUAAUACACCAUGCAGUUACAUAUUAUUGUAUGUUCUAAUGUAUUUUCAUGAAAGUAAUGGUGCAAACAGAAGCAGUUUGUGAUAUAGAUAUUAUUAUACAAACUUUAAUAUUGA